UUUUGUUCUCUUUUAUAUAAUAGUUAUUGAAAAUUUAUAGAUUUGUUCCACCAGCAGCAGCAGUACCUGUUCGUCGACGUCGUAUUAUCGAAUCAAUUCUAUUACAUGUUCAACGAAAAAAAAAAACAUUUGAAAAAAUCAUUGAUAUUAUUAAACGAAGAGAAACAAUAACAAUGUAUGAUUAA